UGUAGAGAGAUGAGGGAUAUUGAAGACAUGAAGAGCUGAAGAUGAUUAGGUUACACUUUGUUCCUCUGCAGAAUCUGAUAGUGACGAAGGAGUUCGGACAUGGCGGAUUCAUUACAAGAACCAAACAACAUCUCAUGGGCGUUGUUAGAGCUUCUGAGAGAGAUUCAGCAGAGAAGUUCCAAGUCGACAUAGACAAAGCCAAAGCAGCUCUUGAACAGCUGGACCAGCAAAUUCAAUCUCUUUCCAAUCAACAACCCUCCUCUCCCAAAAUCAAGGCGUCUGAUGUUAAGUUCAGGACUGAUCCGAGAAUCCCCGAAGAACCAUUUGAGAUCUCCGAGUCAUUCUUGGCGGCUUCGGCUUUUGUCCUCUUGGCUUUCACCAUCCUCUACAAUGUCUUAUUCUACGCAGUGAUAAAGCCAUCCAUAGAUGGACCGGAACCAGCUCCCGCUUCUCUUGAAGGCAGAGCUCCCAUCUCUGAUCCCGCGUUUCUGCGUUUUUCUCCAUCACCGAUACCCGAAAACGUCUUGCAAAGUUCAGACAACGAGUAGGAUCUUCUUGUUUCUAAAGAGAGCGAUGAGUGCAUCUAUUCGGUUGUUCUUUUCAAAUGUAAUAUUGUUCUUCGUUUUAAGGGUUUCUUCGAUUUGAAGGCAAACGCCCCAACAAGAGAAAACCAAUGUGUAUAUAUGCUCUAAUCAGAACAGCGUGUUCUUCU